GGUGAAGCUGCUGGAAUACGGAAAACUCGCGAGAUUUCUCGUGAAGCGACGUCAACUUCCAUGAUGGCGUCGGUUGUUCGUGUCUAGAAACCAAGUUGGUCUGCCUGUCUCUGUCUGAGCCGUCAUGAGGAAGAGGAGGAAGAGGACCGCUGUCCUGUCUGUCCUGUGAUCCGGUCCCUCUGGAUGGACCGUGUGGUUCUGCACUACCGGCCCGGCUCGGCGCUGCGCCUCUCCGCCCUGCUGCAGCAGACCCAGAGGCUGCUGGAGCCGAUGGCCCUCCGGCCGCCGCCCGCCUUCCAGCCCUGGUUCCCCUGCAGCUCCGCCCACCGCCGGCCCAUCAGACCGGCCAAACUGCCUCCCCGCAUCGGCCCACCAGGGGGCGCCCUCACAGAGACCAAGCCUGGGCCUAUGGAGGACGCUCUCGGCCGUAUCCAACCCGCGGCACCUGGAACCGGUCCAGGGACGGAAAGAGAGGUCCCGGUGGUCCGGAGGUCCUGGAGCAUCUCCAGGCAGAGCGGAGUCCAGCUGCAGAGCCGCAUGUCUCUGUCCAGGCGUCUCCAUCGCCUGGUGUCCCUCCACCAGCUCCACCUGCGCCAGCGCGCCAAGUGGGUCAUCACCCAGCAGAACUGCAGCGACCUGGAGGAGGCGUGGCGCUGCCUGAUCCGCUGCCUGAGCCGCUCCGGGUUGCCGACCUGCAACGCCAACAUCCAGCGGGAGCGGGCGGAGAUCUGGGUGUUCUGCGACGUCCUGCACUGUGAGCAGGUGGGGCGCCACCUGAAGGACGAGCUGCGGCUGGCGGGUCGGAUCCACCUGGUCGUCCACCGACUGGGGAACAUCUUCAGCAUGUAGACCGGGUCCGGCUGGACAGAACCACCAAACAGGAAACAACCAGCAGCAAUAAUGUGGCUUAUUUAGCUCAGCAUGCAAGGAAAGAUGGGGACUCAUUUUCCUCAUUCAUUCAUUUAUGAAUGCCACACCUUCAUAAUGCAUAUUUAAGUAGCAAGAUCAACAUUUAGUGUGCAACAUAAAUGUUUAGCUAGUUAGCUAAACAUGUAGAAGUACAUAUAGCUGGCUGACUGAAUAUUAGCUAGC